CUCAAGCGCAAGGGGUGUUGAAAAACUUGCUUUAAAAUGCCCAUGUGUGAGUCAUGGCCAUGACAGCUGAGCAGAAAGCCCUCAUCCACGAGCACUUCGAAGCCAUUGGCAAGUCCUGUAACAAAGACAGCCAUAUCAUAACUGCUAAUGAUAUCGCCGAUUUACGAGCUAGGAAGAUCCCGAGUGGUCCAAACGCCCCAUGCUUCUUGGCCUGCAUGAUGAAGGAAAUUGGUGUUAUGGAUGACAAGGGUAUGGUGCAGAAAGAAACUGCGCUGGAAAUGGCCAGAGCUGUAUUCGAUGAUCCCGAAGAAGUGAAGGCAAUUGAGGAUUAUCUUCAUUCCUGCUCACACAUUAACACUGAAUCUGUCAGUGAUGGUGCUGCUGGCUGUGAACGCGCUAUGCUUGCAUAUAAAUGCAUGACAGAGAAUGCUUCCAAGUUUGGCUUUGACAUUUAAAUGAUUAUCAUUAGAAAUAGCUGUUACGCUGCGAACAUAUGAAAAGGUUUGGAGAAUGAAGAUUGUAUUAAAUACUACUAUGUUACGAU